AUGCAAGUUACCAAACCCGUCGCAGAGCUCUGUACUCUGCUGGUGGACGAGCUCCAUGGCGAACUGCCGUCGAGGAUAUUCUCGACACUCGUCAACAAGGGCCGCUCGACCCUGCCGCAGCUCGCCCAGUACACGUCCAUGACACCGCGCCAGCUGCGCCAUGGCCUGGCAGUCCUCGUCCAGCACAACCUCCUCUACCAUCACCUCGACCCCGGCGCCGAGUUCGCCUUCUACGAGGCCAACGUCGAGCACGCCUACAACCUGGUGCGCACCGGCAAGAUCCUCGAGAUGGUCGACACCUCGUUCGGUCCCGCCGCCAAGGACGUCAUGCAGAGCCUGCUGUUGUCGGGCCAAACGCGCAUCGGCGACCUGUUGGCCGCCUACCAGGCCAAGAUCGAGCAGGCCAAUAAAAAAGUCGGUACGAAUGACACCGAAGAGUUCGACGGCGAAGCGAACGGUGUCAACGACGAUUCCAAGAACGAGCCCGUCGUCAAGAGCACCGCCCAUCUCAACUCCAUCCUGUGCCGGCUGAUCGAGGCCGAGCUGAUCGAUGUCGUGCACGACAAGACCUUUGAGAGCCCCGCCGAUGUCCUUAAAAUUGUCGAGAAAGAGGUCAUGGACAAGUACUUCCCCAACGGCGUCAAGGGCAACAAAGCCAAGGCCGAGUUCCAGCAGAGGAUAGCCGAGGGAUUGCGCAAGGUCCGGGACGAAUCCAAGUCGCUGAAACGCAAGCUGGAGCAGAACGGCUCGGCUGCGAAGCGGAGGAAGUUGUUCUCCGGUCUGGGUGUGGCCACCAACGGCAGCGGCGCCCAGCAGGAUGAGGAGAUGGACCCAGCGUUGGAUCCGAAGCAGGUCAUCCGCGUCAACUAUGAGAAGUGUCUGGUCGACCUGCGUAACCGUCGGCUCGUGCAGUUCGCCACCGACAUGUUUGGAGAGACGACUGCCUACGUGUACGGUAUCCUUCUUAAACUCCUUACUAAGGACAUCCCACGUUGCAGGCUAGAUCCAGUCCUCGACAGCGUCGACGAUGACGAUGACGACGACUCCAAGAAGAAGGGACCAGGCGUGGUCACUACCGACCAGAUUCUCGACAACCUCAAGACCUCGGUCGACCUCUCGCUGGGGAUAGGAAAGGCAGAAAGGCACCAAAUUUCGUCUCGAGCAGCCAACAAGGUCCAGACACACCCACCCAAAAAGAAGCGACUGAUCGCCGAGGCCGAAGUAGACGGCGAAGCGAGCGAAGACGAAAAAGAGGACGAUGAGUCCAGCGAAGGCUCCGACUACGACUCCAACUACGAAGAGACCAAACCCAACGGCGCCAGCGGCAUUAACGGCGCUAACGGGGUAACCCACGAACGCCGUAUGGACCGGCCAACCCAGCUACGACAGCACCUCAUGCUCCUCGCCGAAAGCACCCAAAACUUCGUCCGCCAUUGCGGCCCCAACGAAUGGACUGUCGACUUCGAGCCCGUCAUGAAAGCCCUCCGCGAAGCGGAGCUCGACAGCGUCAUUGAGCGCACCUCUGGCCGGCAAGGCCUGCGCCUCGUUCGCAUCCUGCGUGCUAAAGGCAAGCUGGACGAGAAGGCUCUGCCCAACGUAGCCCUCAUGCGCAAGUCCGAGCUCCAGCAGAAGAUGCUUGAGAUGCAGACCGCUGGGUUUGUGCACGUGCAGGAAGUCCCCCGUGACGUGAAAGCUGACGUCAAGAAGUCUUUUUUCCUGUGGUACUGUGAUGUAGAGAAGUCGCUGAGCCGGCUGCUGGAGACGAGCUAUGUGACUAUGUUGCACUGUCUGCAGGUGCUGGAAGCGCUGCGGCGCAAGGAAAAGGAUGUGCUACAGACGACCAAGCGGACAGAUGUGCGCGGCCGUGAGAAGGAUGCUAUGCGUAAGGAGUAUUAUGAGAGGUAUGCGCGAUUCCUGGCUUGUGAGAGGAAGCUGUUUGCGCAGGUGAUGAGGCUGGAUGAUUUGGUGUCUGUGUUGAGGGAUUUCUAA